GCGGUUUCGUAUAAACAAUCCUUUAUUUCGAUUCUCGCCUAUUUUCCACCAGUCCCCAUCUGAAACCGAGUUCUCCCAAAUCGCAUCGCCAUCCAAACAGAUUUUUAUGAAUUAUUGAGAGGACGUGAAAAGAGGGCCGCAAUAUGCCUUGUGCAUUAUGGUUCUUGCUGAUAUUCGGCAUUUUCCAAAACUCCCAUGGCCAAGGAGAUUCCUUGAGAAGUGCGCUAAACGUCAUCGACAGGAGACAAAGGAAUAUGGAGGACUAUGACGAGAACGAGUACGGAUAUACCUUGGAGAGGCCAGAAGACAUUGCAUUCCUGAAAGCAUCUUCAGGAUACGGUCCAGAUCGCACUUACGACAGAACGUUCUCCAACUAUUUGAACGACGACAAAUACGAUACUGACAUGAACAAGAGACUUUCUUCUUCCUCUUUCCGGGAGAGGAUGACCGAGGAAGACAACCAGAAGCACAUGGAAGAAAUGGCACAAAAUAUGCUCGCCAACAUGGAUAGUAAAGGCAGAUAUGGAGUCGAAAGCGAAGACUACGACGAAAUACUCAGAGAGCUCUACGAUAAAUACCGCAGAUCUUACGAGACACCAAGAAUGUACUCCUCAAGAGUCGACAAGAGAUACAUGUAUCCUAGAUUCGGAUUGGACAGCGCAGGCUUGAGAAAGAGAACUGCUUACGCGAACGACCCUUACGAAGACGAUACAUACGUCGACGAAAACGAAGAAGAAUACCCAACCAAUUACUUGCGAAAACGUUACUACCAGAGAGAUAACAAAAUGAAUAGACUAAUGAAGAUGUAUUCCAAUCCGUACGAGCAAUCUAAGAGAUUCCCUGUAGCAAAGAGGAGUAGUGAUUACAAAGAAAUCACCCACGAGCACAAGAGGUCAACCACAAAGAAACAAACUGACCCCAAAGUGGAGAAAGAGCUAAGCAACAUUUUCGCGAGCGCCAAAGGCGAAACUACCACAACCAAGCCAGUAACUGUUCAAACCACUACCAAAAUGAAUGAGAGCGAAAAUAAAACCGAAGUAGCUCCGAAAGAAAUCAAAGACGAUAAAAAAGUGAGAAGCAUCAAUAAAGAGCAGUUCACUCCGGUAGCUGCUGUCAGCGCCAAGCCCCUGCAGCUGAAAAAGAAAUCCAUAGACUGGUCCGACUACUUCGGGCUGGAUCGUCGCAAGAAAUCCUCGGAGCCCAACGAUUUGGACAAGGAAUGGUUGAUAGAGAGGUACCACAAGUCGAUCCAGAUGUCGAAGAAGAGGAACGCCGAGCUGCCGCUGUCUUCCUUCAGGAACCACGACGAACCACCGAAGAAGGAACCCAGCCACAAGGAUGCAGAGGAGCGGAGAAUCGAAGAGAUGGACUCCAAAUUGCAACUGAUGGAGAACAAAAUCGUCGAUGAUACUUUGAAAUACACGGGAGCUCAUCAGGGCGACAACGAUCCCAAGGAGGUGCAAGAAAUAAAAGACAGAGUGAUAUCGAGGCUCGCGGCUGCGUACAGCUUGGAAAAAAUGAGGAACGCUCUAGGAGAAUACAGACUAGCUAUAGCUAAAGAGAAGGAGAGACUGAAAAAUAGGAGGCCAGGGCCAGAGGAAGAAUUCUUUUCGGAGGAGAAAAGGACCGCCGUGCCCAGGAAACAGGUUAUAGAUAAAGACAGAGAGGAUGUGAAAGAGGCUGACAACAACAUUAAAUGUACUGAUGGAGACGAAGACUGCCAUGAACAGAACUACAAAACACCAAAUGAGAUCAUUGAAAGCCAUUUUGGCACUGAAGAAUGCCCACCAAUACAGAGAGCCUGCAAUGAAGUUGCUUCGAUCGUUGGAGAAUAUGGACAUGUGUUUGAAAGCGCUUGCAGUAUGCACGAAAUGUGUUUGUUAUGUAGUAAUAACAGUUGGUUCUCUCCAACACGCCAGUGUAACUCACUGUUCUUGGCUAAGGCCUAUGACAUGUGCAAGGACAACCUGGAAUGCCAAAAGGAGGCUCAACGAUCUGUGAGGUAUUUGCUAGAGGUAAAUCGUUCCCUGCACACCGAUCCGUCAGCAUUGAACGAUUGUGAAUUGUCCUGUCCAGAAACAGACAACGUUUCAGAAACUAAUUUGAGAUAAACUGUCUGUCCAUUAGGUGUUUUACUCAAAUGAUGUAAAAUCUAUGUGAUUUCAUACGAAAAUUGAAAAUGACAUUUUGGUAUUCCCUUUUCGAAUUUUGGUUCACGAAAUUGUUAUGCAUUGCCACGGUGUGUACUACUAUGAUUUUGGAACACACUGUGACACAAGGGGUCUGAUAAUCACGAUGACAAAAAAAUUAGUAGUAAAAAUGUGUAGAUCAAUACUCAGUUUGUGCUCAUCUGUCCAAUUUAAUCGAUUUUUCUGGAGAACGAUUAGGUUCAUCGAUAUCAAAUAAGAGGAAAUCAUUGUGAUGGUACUUAUAACUUGAAUUUUUUUAAAUCCUUUACCGCUGGAGUUUUGCUAUAGUCCGUCCCUACUUCCCUAUUAGCAAGAAAAUCUCAUACUCAUACAUACUAAUAUAUUUUCACUUGUACUAUUCAAUUCUGAGUUUUGGUCGUAUACACUUAUGGAACACCCUGUAUACUCUUAGGAUUAACUUCCUUGAACUAGUGUAGUUUCAAUCUCGUAAUACAGACAAUAAAAUUAAUGCUUUGAAGGGACAAUCAAAAAUGUUCGUUAUGUGUCAGUCAGGAUUCUUGUUUCGAGGGCUUCUCUUCAUGCACCCUUUAUUCGAAUACUUGA